ACACAGGCUUUGACGAAGUCCACUGUGCAUUGCUCUUUUAUGAGCUUCCAUACAUAUUGUUUCGGCAAUAGGCGAAUCAUAGGAAACAAAAACAGGUGUUGGGAUUCCUGCAUUUUCUAUACGCCCAGGACAAAGCCAAACUCCGUAUUUAUUUUUUCUCAUAUAUAAUUCAAAAAUUUCUUUUUCAGUGGGUUUAUUUUGUAAUUGUGAUUCAAUUAUUAUAAAAAUUUCUCCUAAUUUUCUUAAAUUUGAUUUUGAUUCUGAUGAUUUUAUUGCAUUUAAAAAUGAAGUUUUUAAUUCGAUUUUUCUAGUAAAAAUUUUUAAAGCUGUGCAAAUAUUUUUUCCAAUUCCUAUUAAUUUACUCCAUUCAUUCCUAGUAUUUAAAUCAAUAAUUUUUUCUUUUCUAAUGGUCAUUAUAAAUUCUGCUUUAAUUUCUUUUACUUCAAUAAUUUUGUCUAAUUCUGGGGCUUUAGGCCACGCCUUUUCCUCUUCUCUUAAAAACGCGGGGCCUUGCCACCAACAUUUGUUUACUUUUAAAUCUUCACAGUUCGUUCCUCGCGUCGCAAUCAGACGUCUGGUCGCAAUGUCAGCAAUAUUUAAUUCGGUCGGGACAUAUUUCCAUUUAAUUUCAGGUGACUUUCUAAUUUCUUCUAUUCUUCUUUUAAUAAAAAUUGGUUGUUUUUCUUGAUUGCUUAUUAAAAUCCAAUUUAAAACUACUUUACUGUCCGACCAUAUAAAUGUUUCAUUUAUUUUCAAAUCUAUUUCUUUUAGUAUAUAUUCGCUUAAUCUUUUUCCUGCAAUUGCUCCCAUCAGCUCCAAUUUUGGGAUUGUAAGUCUUGAUUUUAGAGGGGCCAAUCUCCCUUUAGCCAUUAUAAUUGAUGUGAAAAUUUUAUUUUUGGAUUUUGAACGUAAGUAAGCUACGGCUCCAAAAGCAUCCUUGGAGGCAUCCACAAAAAUAUGGAGUUGUAGCGGAGUUGCUUCUUUUAAAACUAAUCUUCUAAUUUUAAACAAUCCAUGAUCCUCUUUUAAUUUUUCCCAUUCUUCGCUUUGAAUAUUUGUUAUUGGGUCAUCCCAUGUUUUUUCUUUAUCCAACCAUAAUUUUUGCAAAAAAAGUUUUCUUGGGAGAUUUACUGGUAAUAACAUUCCUAGUGGGUCAAAAGUUUUAGCUACUUCUUUUAAUAUUGUGCGUUUCGACCAUUUUUCUUUAUUUUUUAUUUCUUUUAUUUCGACUAAAAUUACAUCUUUAUCUAGGUCCCAACCAAGUCCAAGUAUUUUUGUUAGAUUUAAAUUUUUAUCUCCAAAAUUUUUAUUUAUUUCUUCACAAUUUGAACCAAAUUCUUGUAAAGGCAUUUUUGCUUCAUUAAAAAUUUCUAUGACUGAAUUACAUUUUUCUACAGCCUCUUCUUUUGUUUUUGCAGAAAAGAAUAGAUUGUCCGCGUAUAUUCCCCGUUUUAGAUUUUUUCCUAUUUCUCCUGCUGUUUUUUCUAAAUGCAAAUUUAUUACAGCUGAUAGGCAAAAGGGUGCGGCGGAGAUUCCAAAAGGCAUUUUUGUCCAUCGCCAAUAUGUGAGAUUUUGAUUAUUAGGUGGACUGUUCCAAUCUUUGGGUAAUAAAAAACGCAUAAAAUUUCUUUGGUUUUCUUUUAGGCCGAUUUGAUGAAAUGCUGAUUUAACAUCGGCUGUUAUCAAAAUUGGAAAAGUUCUGAUUCGUAUUAAUACUCCACAUAAUUCGGGUAAUAAAACCGGACCUCUAUAAAUUAAAUCGUUUAGACUAACUUUCUCUUCUUUUGUUUUACAAUUUGCUGCAAAGACAAUUCGCAUUUUCAUCUUUUGGGGAUGGUAUACAUAGUGCCAAGGUAGAUAGUGCGAAUUGAUUUCAUUUUUUAAACAUUCUUCUAUUUGCUCAUUUUUCUUUUGCUCUAGAAAGCUUUCCUUUAAUUUUUCUAUUAAAUUUUCUUUCUUUCCUUUUGACCAAACACUUUGUAAUCUUUUAAUACAUGGUGCGAAAUUUUCCGAAAUUUUUGGGUUUUCAUUUUUAAAAGGGAAUUCAAUUUCAUAUCUACCCUCGGAAUUUCUAGUAACUGAUUUUUGAAAAAGUUCCAGUGCAUUUUUGUCGUCUUCAUUCAUUGGGUUAUCAGUUAUUCCAUAUGAUUCCAACUCCCACCAUUUAUCGGCACCAAGUGUAAGAAUACGAGAACAAUUUUUUCCUUUACUAAUUUUACCUUUUCCACUCAAAAUUUCUCCAAUUUUAGUGUUUACUUUUGAAAAUCCAUUUUUUAAUAAUUCAAAACCCAUUAUAUUAUUAUAUGC